AUGUCUCUUAUUGGUCAUGGUUGGGAUAAUGAAUUUGGUCGGUUUGAAAAUUCCGUUACCAAUUUAUUCGAUGAUUUCUUCAAAGAUCUAAAUGUCGCUAGACGUUCAGGUCCUAGAGGUACUCGACCUUAUAGAGGAGCUUGGGUGCCCGCUCUCGAUGUUCACGAAACUGAAAAAGAAUAUGUUGUUAAUGCCGAAUUGCCCGGUAUUAGCAAAGAUCAAAUCAGUCUUGACGUUCGUGACAGUGCUCUCGUGAUUUCAGGUGAAAACAAACAAGAUCAAAGAUAUAAAGAAGGCAAUACUCAUAUCCAAGAACGACGUUAUGGCUCAUUCUCUCGCACCAUUUCCCUUCCACCAAACGCCAAGUCUGAUGAUAUCACGGCAAAAUUUGAACAAGGCAUCCUUGAGGUUAAGAUUCCCAAGGGAGAGGCGCCUGAGAUGACCAGAACGAAAUUCCGGCCAUGCAUUGAUUUACACAAUGGUCAAGUAAAACAGAUAGUGGGUGGUUCGUUGAAUGAGUCGAGUCCGGGUGAAUUAAAAACGAAUUUCAUAUCGAGCGAGAGUCCAAGUUAUUAUGCCGAACUCUACAAACAAAAUAACCUAACCGGUGCUCACGUGAUCAAGCUAGGCGCCGGAAACGAUGAGGCGGCUAGAGAAGCACUGAACACCUGGCCUGGCGGUCUACAAAUCGGUGGUGGAAUUACCAUUGAUAAUGCCGAGGAAUGGCUCAAGGCUGGAGCAGAUAAGAUAAUUGUUACGUCCUACCUUUUUCCCGGCGCGAAAUUUUCCCUUUCGCGUUUACAAGACUUAUGCGAGAAGGUCGGGAGAGAAAGAAUAGUCGUCGAUGUGAGUUGCCGUAGACGAGAAGACAAAUGGAUCGUUGCCAUGAAUAAAUGGCAGACCAUGACAGACAUGGAAGUCAACAGAGGUAUUAUUCUGGUAUUUCCCAUUCCAAAGUUAGAUUUGGAUUUGGUGACGAAAAUUUAA